AUGGUUUUUGAAGACGAGAGCAGCGACGAGAACUCAAGCCUCCCGUACAUGCACUCCGAAACCUCCACCGAUGUGCUCAAUCAGGUGGUCUUUGCUAUGAGGAUUUCGUUUGAUUUGCUUUGUCCUCGUCCUCUGCACAUGAUGCUAACUUGGAUUUUGCUUGGGCAGGUGCCUUUCUCUCUUCAGGACCCGGAUUACAAUGGUCUUGAGCUAGAUCUGAUAGUGCUGUGCGAGAAGCAUGGGAAGCCAUCAGAGAGGCUUGUUGCAUUUGAAGGAACAAUGACUGGGAGAAGGUUCUUAGCAUGUGCAGAGCCGGAAGGUCAGAAUUGUGGGUUUGUUCAGUGGGUUGAUGAGCAGUGGCCCCCAACAAUGGAGAAUGCAUUGCUGAAGCUUUGGUCAAUGGUUGAAGAGAGCAAGUCUGCUAGGGUGGAUGAUAAUCUUCAAAGUUCUUUAACUAUUCACCAUUUGACAGAAGAAAAUAAGAAGCUGGAUGCACAAUAUGACAAGUUAGUGAAAGAUGUGCAUCAACUUGUGGACUUUCAGCAGGAUAGGGUUGUGGAUUUCAGUUAUCUGCAGUCAGCUGUCACAUAUCAGCACCAAUGCAGAGCUGAAUUGGUGGCUGGUAUGAAUGCAAAAAUGGCAAAGAAAGAUGCAGCUCUAGAGAAGCUUCAACAGAAGUUUGAAAUCCU